AUGGAUAACCAAAAUGAAGCAUGUAGAAGAUUGUUGUUAGAUGAAUUGGAUUUCCUGAAAGCAAUGUAUACAAUGGAAGAAUUAGAAAUAAACGAGCCUCAAGAUCCAGCAGAAAAUGGCCAAAUUACACGACUAACUCUGCGUCAGCAGGUUGAUGGCAUCAAUUACGAAGUUGUAAUGCAUUUGAGUAGUGAAUAUCCAAUCAUCCUGAAACCUUCUGCAUUUGUUCGUUGUUCAUUGAUCAAUUGUGAUUUGCUGAACCGAGAACUUCGAUAUUUCAUUAACCAGGAAACUCUCGGUACACCUCUUGCAUUGAUUAUUAUGCAAUGGAUCAGUGAUAAUAUCAAUCGUUUCAAGGGAAUGAUCGAAAAACAGACAGUGCAAAUUGUGGAUAAUGUGGGAGGAACAAACAACACGAAAUACGCACGAUUUUGGAUUUAUUCACAUCAUAUUUACAACAAAAUUAAGAGACGUAUGAUCAAAGACACAGCAGCAUUAUAUCAGUUAGAUGGAUUUUUCUGUCCCGGAAAACCGGGUGUUAUUAUUCUAGAAGGUUUCCGAAUUGAUUGUGACAAAUUUUGGGAGCAAAUUCGUGUCUUGAAUUGGCAGCGUAUUAUUUUGCGCCACUGUGAAGAACAAACUAACCCAUCAUUUUUUCGACUUGGAAAAUUUCGCGAAAUUCAAUUUCCGCAUGCGAAAUAUUUGACAGAACUGAAAAAAAUACUUACUGAAGCUGGUUUAGAAUAUGGUUUUGCAUUAUUAUUGAACUUGUAG